AUGAAAGACUACAUUGGAGAGACCCUCAACCAGCCGUUGUACAUCCUCUUGAGAGUCUUUGAGUGUAAUAGUGUCCCCGGAGCAACUCCUCCUGCAUCUCCGGGGAACGGACAAACCAAUGGACUUGUCUUGGGGAAGGAGCAGGAGAGCUGGACGCUAAUCUAUGAGGCACCCCCCGUGUGUCUGACGGAUUUUGAGGGUCGAGUACUGGACGACCAUGUUAUCGCUUUUGACGACGAUUCCAAGUUCCACUACAAGCAUCCCUACAAUCCCGCGCCAUCGACGUUGUUCGAGCCCCAGGAAGCUGGCAAUCAUGAGCCGUCAGCUGCCUAUCCUUGUUGCCCCUCUCCCCUGAGCGGUAUUGUCGCCCCCCCAGAAGAUUGUGUCCAGCAGAGAGCGGUCAUGUAUCAGAUGCUGGCCAUGUACAAUCGGCGUAUGCCACAGAAGGUGGCAGUCCGUGCUCCUCCUGCUGGGCCAUGGUCGCGAGCUCGGGCGAUCCAAGCAAUAACUGCCACGGUUAUGCAACCUUUCCAAGUCGUGCCAGAGGUAUCGCUAGAGGUUGUUCUCCCCGACGGUGCAGAAAGCAAGUGCACGUUUCCUCUUCCUCUCGUUAUCACUCAGUUUAUGAGGCCAGUAACCCUGUCACCGGCUGCAUUCAUGCAGCUGUGGUUUGAUGGGGCACUGCACUCUCGAUUAAUGGGUGUUCGUCUCUCCAGCCGGCUGAGGUCUGGUGGUCUUUCUGAGCUGAUGAAGGUUGUCACGUUCAAUGGAAAAUUUAGAGCAACUGAUGGUAUCAAACACCGCCUCGCAGAGAAUUCGAUUUUUUCUAUCGGAGAGCUACCGGCAAUUGGCGACAUGCCUUCGGACUGCCGGUGUAUGAUCAGAGUCUGGCAUGGGCCGUUUGGCGCCGCUUCGAUGGCAAAGCUGGAGGUGAAAGCUGAGGAUCAACGGGUAGCCGCCGCAGUAUUUGAACUGCUUGCCUAUGCCAUUGAAGAUGGGGAAUAG